AUGGAAUCUUUGGCAACAACCAUUCGUUUCGUCACGCUGAACUGCCGAACACUAUCGAGUGGACUCCAACAAGCCGCUCCAUCCAGACUUCUGCGAUAUCUCUGUGUGCCUUUUGCUGCACUGCAGGAAACACGCAUGAGGGAUCGGCCCGUCAUCAGCAUCGAGAAUUACACCAUAUACUGCGGCGAUGCUGAUGAGAACAAAGUAGGUGGCUGCGCGAUAGCUGUGAGGAACGAUUACAAGAACCUGGUGGAGGAAUUUGGCUCAACGUCGUCUAGAUGCGCCUUUCUACGACUGCGGGAUUGCAGAGGACGUAAACUCUGGAUCGUAAGUGCUCACGCACCUACGGAAACCGCUGAGGACAACAGUAAGGACGCCUUCUAUGAUGAACUCAAUGCGUUGAUGUCUAAAAUACCAAGCCAGCAGGUGGUCAUUGUCGGAAUCGACGCAAAUGCGAAGAUGGGACUCGAACAGCAAUCCGAUCUGCUAGGAAAAUGGUACUAUGCAGCGGAGCGCACGUCGGACAACGGUGACCGUCUGGUCGACUUGUGCGAACAGACGAGCCUCAUCAUCGCUUCCACGUUUAAGAGGAAUCAUCGAAACCAUCAGCUCACAUUACAGUGGUCAACACUUUUAACACCUGAAGAGCAGCGCAAGCGGAAGAUGAGGACUCUUAAGCUUCAGCUCGACUAUGUUCUGGCGAGGAACAUUCCUCAGUCAGAUAUUUGA